CAAGCUGGUGGACGAGGUGGUGGAGGAGGAGGUGAACGAGGUGGUGGACGAGGUGGUGGACAAGGUGGAUAAGGUGGUUGAGGAGGUGGUGGACAAGGUGGUGGUGGAGGAGGAGGUGGUGGACAAGGUGGUGGUGGAGGUGGUGGACAAGGUGGUGGACAAGGUGGACGUGGAGGAGGUGGUGGAGGAGGAGGUGGACGAGGUGGAGGUGGUGGACAAGGUGGAGGUGGGGGUAGACAAGGUGGUGGUGGAGGAGGUGGACAAGGUGGUGGAGGUAGUUUUGGACAAGGUGGACAAGGUGGUGGAGGUAUUGGUGGACAAGGUGGAGGUGGACAAGCUGGUGGAGGUGGACAAGGUGGACAAGGUGGUGGAGGUAGUGGUGGACAAGGUGGACAAGGUGGACAAGGUGGUAGAGGUGGACAAGGUGGUGGAGCGAGCAUCUCGCUUCAAGCCGUGCUCAGGGACGACUCUGCAGCUGUCGCCCGAGAUGACUGAGAGCCUCGUGAAGUGGUCCAUGUACGGACGCCUCGUCAUCCAGGCCUUCAGCUUCGAUCAGCCCUUCCAGCCCCAUCUGAAGGACUCCUUCGUGCUGGACUUCCUCAGGGACCCAGCGGUGGCAGCCAAUCUCAUCGUCGUCCCUCCCAGAGGGGCCUGGACCAGUCUGGGCCCCGUGCACGGCGUGUCUGUGCGCCCCGUGCGCUGCUCCCAGCUCUCUGUGUCCUUCUUCGACCGUCUCGCGGCCUGCGGCGUCACUCGUCCCGGCGGCCGCAUCGUCGGGCGGCGCCAGCAGCAGGUGCGACGCGGCUUCCUCAUCGACGACGAGCUGCGCAAGCUGCUGCUAUCUGGCGUCGAUGACGACGACGUCGAUGACGACGACGACAACGACGACGAUGAGGGGGGCUCCGAGGAGGAGGAGGAGGUGUACCGCCCCGCGGAGCGCGACGAGUUCCUGUUCCGCGUCCUGGGCCACGUGGCGCUGGGCGGGCAGCUGAGUCAGCACGACGGGGACAUGGCGCCCUACCUGCUCCUGACGCGGCACCUCUACAGGCUCAUGCUCAGGUGA